GGUUGGAAGCAGAAAGGUUACCCUGUCUGUUUGCCAGGCAAGUGGACAAGCAGCGCAAAAGUGCAGAGGCUACGACAUCUGGAAAACUCAAAGCUUGAUGUGUUUUCCCAAAGAAUCAGGGGGGGGAAGAAUUUUCUAUUCCUUUCCUUCAGUUUGGGCUGCUUAGAGGGAACUACCGCGGUCCCUGCUUCUUUAGAGCAGGUAGAGAGGGGGGAAAAAGGGUCUUGAAGCUCUCUGUGUCUAUGAGCUUCUGCUCAUAGACACAGAGCCAGCCAGACGGUGCACUUGGAGCCUCAACAGAGGGUGCGUCAGGACACCUGGGGAGCUCCAAGGUGAGCUUUCAGAUGAGUGUCCUGAGGCCAGGACCCUGAAGGCUAAGUCCUCUUAAAAGUGGCAGAACUCUUGUGCCUGGCUCUUUGGAGGAGCUCUUCUUUUCUGGGACCCUCAGUCUUGGAGUGUAGGUGCUGGCAGGAAGGUGACCACCAUCCCCUUCUGAGCCUUAGCUCCUAGACCUUGAAUGCGGUCCCACCUCACUAUCUCCUGUCUCAUUUCACUCCUACACAGAAAAGUUAAGUCCUGACUUUUAGCUGCACAGCUUCCCAAUCACUCUUGCAGCUUUUGAGAUCAAAUAAAUAAAUGAUAAAUUGAUGUAUCUAAAACCUCAGUUUUCCAACCAUAAAUGGAGCCAAUACAAUUUGCUGUGCUUUCGUGACAGGGUUUUUCUGGCUCUCGUAAGCCCAAUAACCUUGAACGGGCUGCCUGAGGGGAAAAAAGUGCUGGCCGGGGAGGGCUGCAGCAUGCCCAAGGCCAAGGGGGUUUUUCUGGGAUUGUCUGGCCGUUUGACUUGCCCCUGUACAGCCCUUGAUUCCUGAGUCCUAUUUGGCCAACAGUGACUUUUCACUGUCUUUUUAAUACAGAGGCCUGUCUUUCAGUGCAAAAACCAUGAACUUUUGGAGUCAGACAGACCUGGCUUGGAAUCCGGGUUUUGGUACUACCUGUUCAUUUUGGAGAAGCCGUGUAACUCUGCUAAGCCUCAGUGUUUUCAUUUUCUCCAGUCGGUCUGUGGAUAUCGAUGCCAUUAGGGGCACAAUGACUAUUAAAUUAGACAUUGCAGCUUAAGUGCCUGCCCCGUUGUAGGCACUGCUUCAAUGCUCCAUUCCCUUCUUGAGUUCUUUAGCUCUCAUAGCUGAGGGAUCAGCUGUGCUGAGUGAGGAAAUGGAGUUCCUUAGUUUUCUGAUCUGCCACAAGCCCUCUUCCCAUCUCAUGACCACGCGUUUGAAUUUUUCUCCCUCUGGGUACAUUCUGUCACUUGAGCAGCUCAAGGCAAGCGCCUGUUAUCCCCAGAGCCACCCGUUCCUGAAGUCUGGGGUGGUGGGAAGCAUGGUUUGCUCAGUACUGCCCAUGAAUUCCGGGAAUGGUCUUGAUGUCACUUACAUUAAAGAGUCUCAGAUGAACACGUGAGCUUGGGUUGAUGAGUCAUGGCCUGUGUUCCAUUCUGCCAUCUAUCUCUCCCUGUCCCGCACCCCCUCCUCAUGGCCCCCAGCCAAGGGACUGCUCUCUGGUCUCUGUUCAGAACAUUUCCUGUGCCUUUUCAAUGACCUGGUUCAAACACCAUUUCCGCUUGUCCUCCCAGCACUCUGUGAGCACACGAGAGAUGAUUCUACAGAAAACCUAGGUAGAGACAGGAUUGUGACUUGUCCAAAGUCACCAAGAAUGGGCGGGAACCCAGGUUUUGUGAAUACCUAGUCCAGUACUCCUAUCCCUUGUCCCGGAUAUCCUUAGCCCUGGACUCCAUAGGAAGGAACUGUGGAUCCCUAGUGGGUUUGCAAAACCCCAGGGGUGACUGCUUAGACUCAUUACGGUAAAUAAACCCAGUUAUUUAGGAAAGAAUUUAAUGUUUUCCAAAAGGUACAGACAUUGUUUGAGUUCAAAGUACUUCCAUCUUCCAUUCAAUUACACAAUAAAUUCUGGGAAAACAAAGUAGAGCUGUACCCAGAUAUAAAGGGAACUGUGAGGCUCUAUUUUUGUAAUAAAAUCCAUUUGCCAGAACUUUAGCAGUUCUGUGCAUGUUUAUGUUGAAAAGGACAUGUAUUAUGGAAUCAAGUGUGCUUGGAUUUGAACUUCAGUGCUGCCGUUUACUUAGCUUUCUGAUGCUAGGCACUUCUCUUAACCUCUCAGAGCCUCGGGCUGCUCAUCUAUAGACAUGGAGACUGUGACACCUUCCUGGCCAGUUAUGGUCAGGCCUCGCUGCACAGCUCAGGGGGUGCCCUUCCUACCAGGCUGUCAUGUGCGUGGUGCUGGCUGGAGGUCUACAUGACCGGGCCCUGGUCUACAGUGAAAUUAGAACAGAGUGGCUGCCCUGAACACAUCUUUCAUUAUGAUUCACACCAACCUGAAAAGAAAGUUCAGCUGCUGCGUGCUGGCCUUUCUCCUGUUUGCAAUCAUCUGUGUGUGGAAGGAAAAGAAGAAAGGGAGUUACUAUGAUUCCCUUAAGCUGCAAACCAAGGAAUUCCAGCUGUUGAAAGGUCUGGAGAAACAGGCUGUAACUUCAAGCAGCACCCAGAACCCCCCCAGGAUCAACCAGUCCUUCAGCAUUCCCCGGGGCCCAGUCAAGCCCAAGCCUGAGGCCUCCUUCCAGGUGUGGAACAAGGACAGCUCUUCCAAAAACCUCAUCCCCCGGCUGCAGAAGAUCUGGAGGAAUUAUCUGAAUAUGAACAAGUACAAAGUGUCCUAUAAGGGGCCAGGGCCAGGCGUCAAGUUCAGCGCAGAGGCCCUGCACUGCCACCUCCGGGAUCAUGUGAAUGUCUCCAUGGUAGAGUCCACAGAUUUUCCCUUCAAUACCUCUGAAUGGGAGGGUUUCCUGCCCAAGGAGAACAUCAGGACCAAAGCUGGGCCAUGGGGCAGGUGUGCUGUGGUCUCAUCAGCUGGAUCUCUGAAGUCCUCCCAGCUGGGCCGAGAAAUAGAUGAUCAUGAUGCAGUCCUGAGGUUUAAUGGGGCUCCCACAGCCAGUUUCCAACGAGACGUGGGCACGAAAACCACCAUUCGCCUGAUGAACUCUCAGCUGGUCACCACUGAAGGGCGCUUCCUCAAAGACAGUCUGUACAAUGAGGGAAUCCUAAUUGUGUGGGACCCGUCUGUUUACCAUUCAGAUAUCCCAAAGUGGUACCAGAGCCCUGACUACAGCUUCUUCGAGAACUAUAAGAGCUACCGCAAGUUGCAUCCUGACCAGCCUUUUUACAUCCUCAAGCCCCAGAUGCCUUGGGAACUGUGGGACAUCAUUCAAGAAAUCUCCCCAGAGGAGAUUCAGCCCAACCCCCCAUCCUCUGGGAUGCUUGGAAUCAUCAUCAUGAUGACAUUGUGUGACCAGGUGGAUAUUUACGAGUUCCUCCCAUCCAAGCGAAGGACCGACGUGUGCUACUACUACCAGAAGUUCUUUGACAGUGCCUGCACGAUGGGCGCCUACCACCCACUCCUCUUUGAGAAGAAUCUGGUGAAACACCUCAAUCAGGGCACAGACGAGGACAUUUACCUUCUGGGAAAAGCUACACUGCCUGGCUUCCGGAAAAUUCGAUGCUGAGCCUGGGCUCCCCGGUCAGGUCCCUUCGCCCUUCUCCACCACAUCUGGGCAGGUCACGUUCCUGAACAAUCACAGCCUGCAUGAUGGGCCUUCUGUCACCAAGAGCCUCAGGCUGCAGGAGUUCCAACAGCAGGCAGCUAGGUCCAGCCUGCCUGGUAGAUGCAGAUGUGUGCGAGCCCAAAGCCUCCCGCCGCACACCUAGCAUUCUCUCCACGCUGCCUUUCCCUCCAGGGCUGCCAAAGCUGAGCUGUUUCCGCCCCCCCUCCGCCCAGAGUGACGUUAUCCUCACAAACCAGCACUCUCUGUUGCUCAACAUCUGCUCCUAGACACUGAUUUCAUGUGUUAAAGAAAUUCUCCCAAAUUAUGAUUGUGUGUGGGUACAGGGUAGCUCUGGGGAGCCAGGGAGUGGUCUGAGGCAUAGGAAACAUGCUCAAUUCUUCCAGAACAAAGCUGCUCUUGAGGUCCGUGCCCUUGGGAGAUGAGGCAUUCCUAUCACUCUAGCUGGCUUGGUGGGUCCUUAGCCUGGGUGCUCAUGUGCAAAGGGUCGUGAUGAACCCACAUCCUCUCCGUAUGGAGAAGAGAGGCACAGAAGGGCACGGUCUCCAUCCUCCGUUUGCUCACAGUUCAGUGGGAGGGAGACGGAGGGUUCAGUGUGCUCAGUGCACCGGGGAGGGGGCUGGUGGUGGCAGCAAUGCCGAUUUGCCGGGUUAUGAGCUUACAUGCUCGGGGGGAACGCGUUCGCUAUGUCUGUGGGUCGUAGGGGGCUUCGCUGAGCUGGGCUGUGGAGAUUUCAGGGGACUGGAGGAACAUGUCAGCAGAUGUUUGAGUCAUUUGAGUUGUGUUUUCCUUUUUGCCUUUAUUGCCCAUAUUUAUUCUCUAAGGUCUGCCUGACCUUCGAGGCUCAAGUUAUUUUCUGAGGAAGCUGCUUCCCCUGUCGCAGUGCAGCCCCAUGGGAGACACCUGGCAAGCCGGAUGCCAAAAACCCAAUUUGUCCGCGCUUGGCCUGGCCUGACCCUUCACUGCAGCUGGGGUCACACACCGUGUCCACUGCUUCCCUGUUAAUGCUCGCGCCACCCCCCACCCCUGGCUACCAUCUUGUUUUCCCCUUUAAAGUAGACUUUUUCCCUCUCUCAAAUUACUUUUAAGCAUUUUGUACUUUAAAAGUAUCCUGAUCUGAUGAUUUUUUUCGCCUUCAUGGGCCUUUCACAGAAUGUCUCUCAGGGAGUAGGGAUGUGGUUCCCUAGAAUUUAAACUUGCUCUCAGAAAUGAGCACCUUAGAGACCGUAACGGAUCCUCACAAGGUUUAUCAGACAGCCAUGCCCUCCACCCCUCCAGCAAGGGGGCGAUAUCACAGUCUCCAGACAGAGGCCCUCCCACCGUGGUGUGCCAGCAUGCUUCCUGGGUAGUUUUACUGCAACCCCCUUCUCCAGUGGAGAACCACACUGGACUGCUCUGGCCUCUGGGGAGGAGAAGGUAAAGGACUUGCUCAGGGUCACAAAAUAAUGCUGUAGAACCAGGGUUCAGGGCCUCUUAAGCUUGAGCUCUGGACCAGUCGUCUGGGAGCUGGAGUGCUCAUGUGCUGCCAGACCCUUGGCUUAUGGGGCAGUAGCAGGAGCCCUGGAGGGAGAAGCUCUGGGUUUUCCAACUGAUACUCCCCUAUAUACUAACCAUGCUUCUAUGAGCGAAUUUUCCUGAGACUCUGUUUCCACAUCUGUAAAAUAGGGGUGGUGAGCCUACCUCACAAGGCUGUUGUGUUACAUGAAACACCUGUCCCAGUUCUGUACUUGGCACAUAGCAGGUGCUCAGUACCUGGUGGCUUCCUCCCUCCCUCCUUCCCUCCAUUCCUCCCUUUACUAAGGACCUGCUCCAAACUCACACCUGGGCCUGACCUUGCUUUGAGGUAGGUCAGGGAGGGGGUCCUGUCAUCAGGAAAUUAACUAUCCUACUGGGAGACAACAACUACCCUGCCUAGCACCCAGGAAACCAUCCACACGGUGGAGGGUGUAGGUAUAUAGAAGUGUCCCUCCUCCCCCUUCUCCUCCUCACCCCACCUUCCCCCUCCUUGCAGCUCUGGCCUUUCUGCUUGGGAAUGGGCCGAGCACUUGGGCUGCCUCCUGCUGUGUGGAGGGAGUCUUCCAGCUCUCUGAGCCCAUGAAUUCCCAGCUUGCUUUAGGUUCCGAUUUGAUGCAUACAUUGCAAUCGUUGAAUCAUACACAGUGUGAGGAAGGAGCAUUCCACCAGCAAGAGAGAGGCAUGGGUGUGAGACUACACUGGGUAGAUGCUAGCUUUUCAUUGUUAUUAUUAAUAUAAGGGAUCAGAUUAAUGUCAAUGUGAUUUGGGGUCUAUAGAACUUUUAAUUCUGUGUUCUCUCUAUAUGGAAAUUAGUAAAAUGCAAAUCAGAGGUAUUGUUGUUCUGGUGAGAGGUUUCUUAUCUGUGACAGAUAAUUUAAAAAUGGUAACUGAGUGCCGCCGGAAAGUCCCUGUCCUGAGGGGAUUGUGUCUUUGUCAGUAGCCAUCUCUUCAUCCUAUAUCAUGAGGUCCCCCAAUCCUUCAGUCACAUAAGCUAUUCACCUUGGUUUGGAGACCUUGAUCUCAGAAGUAUCUGAAACAUCCUCAUCAAAUUCUGAAUUACCCAAAGAUGAUGUAAAAUUUUAAAAUAAAGGUGUUUUUAAAAAGCUU